AUGUCGUCGUCACCUGAAACCGCCUACUACCUGGUCCCCAAUCUGCAGGCGCUGGAUCCAUCAGCACGCGAACUCGAUGCAAGCUCAACGACGUGGGUACAACCUACCAUCAUCGAGGAUGAGGACCUGACGUUUGGCGGCAAGAGCCUGAGCGCCUGGUACGAGGAGGACCGCAGGCGGUUUAGCCACAGCGACGAGGAGGAGGAGCGCAGGGGCCGCGAGCGAGUCAGGAGACAAUACCCCGAGAAGAAGCAUGGGAAGAACUAA